UUCAGCUGCGCGGUCUGCUGCUUUCAGAGCUCAUGGGAAACAAGGGCGAUGUGGAAAUAAAACAUUUUUCUUCUUUUUCCUCUUCUUGGAAACAGGUUUCAGAGAUGAAUAGCUGCUUUCAAGUGGUCAUUAUCUCUAUACGUUGGAACUACUGGGUGAGUUUAUGAUGAGAAUAGAUACUUUAAAGACAGACUCACCUCAGGUGUGACACUGUUUGGUUCAUUUCCAGUGAACUCAUGUCACAAAAGUCAAAGAAUGAUAAUAUAAGAAAUAAUACAGUCAAAAAACAGAUUGUAUUUUAGUACCAGGACUGAUUUUUGAAUGAAAAACUCAAUUUAUGUUUAAAUGAACUAGCUAUAACUGCUGAAAUUAACAGAAAAUGCAAACAUGCAAACUCCACACAGACGGGCCAUCAAGCCCCAAAUCAAAUCUGGAAUCAUCUUGCAGUGAUGCAGUUCUGACCUCUAUGCUGCUGUGCAACCCCUCCUCCAAAUAUGCAUUUUAAAAGUUGCCAAACAAUUAAAUGCAUUUUUGAAGUACAACAUAUUAUUGAUUUUCUUCAAGAAUAAUGAGUCUUUCAUUAAAUUUCAGUAGUGUGUUUCUGAUCAUUUUAGUCAUUCAUAUUGUACUGCUAUUAUUUCCAGUCUUUACAUUUCAUUGUACGUAUAGAUACAGAAGAAUGUGUAAUGCAUCUCACCACUGUCUUUAGCAUCAGUAAUAAACAAGCAGUAGGUAACGGUAAGUUCAGGGCAGGUGCAGCCUCUAGGAAUCCUGUCCAUCACACUCACAUUCAUAUCUCGGACGAAAAUAACUAUAAAUAUAUACUAUACUACUACUAGAUACAAGAUAGUGCAGUGUUUUACUAAUAGCAGUAACAGAUUAAAUUUCUGGUUCCUUUGUUUUGAGAAGUAGACAGAGAUGUGAGAGGUUUGGGGCUUUUUUGUGAAGUUAAAUGACAUUAACUUGUAAAAGAUUGUUUCAAAAUGCAGUAAGGGCAAAGAUAAUCUACUCAGUGUGUCAUUCAGAUGAAGAUGUCAGUCAACAACUGGGAUUUCAUUCAUCAGUCUGACAUUUAAAGCCUGUGGGUCCCUGCUCCACCCACCCAUCCAUCUAUUAAACCAUCCAUCUAUUUAUUAAUCCAUCCAUCCAUCCAUCCAUCCACCCACGAGCCGCCCGGCGCGUGCUCGCCGCGCCGCGCCUCGUGGAGGCGGUGCAGCCUGCAGGAGGCCUCGUGUGUUGACGGUUCCCCCCGUGAAGCUGCUGCCAGCAGCUUUUCUGUCACUGCGGGCGCUCAAACACAAAACCUUUCUUGGAAAGCGAUUCCGGGAAGCUCCGUGAGUCCGCGCGGCUGAACCGAGCGGCUUUCUGCGCAGCGCUACGCUGAAUAAAGAGCUUCACACUGCGCCUCGGCUGCUCACACACACACUCUGCUGCGGUGGAACACACACCGAUCCAUUAUCAUUCUGCUUUCAACUACUUCGACAUCUCAGGAAUUUUUUUUAGCCAAUUCGGUGUUUGUUGCGGGAAUGCGCUGGACUUUUCUGCGGCUGCUUUUCCACAGCGGGGACUCUCGGAAUGACUUUUCUUGAUAUAAGGUCUGCUCUCACUCAGACAUGGUGGCCCGGGCAGUGACCGUUUUCCACCAUGAGGAACACGGAAGUCCGUGCUGCCCUCACCCAUCUCCCCCAUCCUGGGAUCCAACGCAGGACCUCCGUUACAUCACCACAAACUUUCAGUAUCUUCAGACCUCAGGCUGGUACUGGGGUUCCAUUUCAGCGAGUGAAGCUCGAGAAGCCCUCCUGACCAAGUCUGAGGGCACAUUCCUGUUGCGGGACAGCACUCACCCUCAAUACAUGCUGGCCCUGUCAGUCAAAACCCGCAGCGGACCGACCAGUGUGCGAAUCCAGUACAGCCGGGGCUGCUUCUGGCUGGACUCCAUUUCUCCCGGCCUGCCUCACCUGCAGUCCUUCCCAGACGUGCUCAGCCUCAUACAGCACUACAAAGGCUCGGGCCACGCGUCGCCCGACCGGACGUCCGGCGACAUUCACCAUCAGGCGAAGACGCCGGCGAAGAGCGACCCGUCACAGCAGCCCGCUAAAGACAGCGGCAUCCCCCUAAAGCUGGAGCAGCCGUUGCACAGACUGGACGUUUUCCCUUCUCUGCAGCACCUGACGCGCCUCACCAUCAACAGGCGCACAAACUGCCCCGAAAGGCUGCCCCUCCCCAAGCCCCUGCUGUGCUACCUGCAGGAAUACCCUUUCUCUAUCUGAGGAUCUGAGGCCUUCAGAGA